UUCUUUUCCAAUUCCCCAACUUCGCCCUGAGCUGCAACGGGGGCGCUUCGAUCCAUCGCUGUCGGGUCUCGCAUCCCUUCUUUACUCACAAAACAUCAUCAUUGUCUUGUCUUGAGCGCUUUCUGCGCCCUUUCCCCAUCACCCUCAUCAUCAUCCUCUUCUUGUUUGGCUUUUCUGUAGCUUUUUGGCGUGUCGCCGCUUCAGACUUUCUCCCCCAGCCUCCCGUUGACCGGUUGCACGUCGAACCUCAAUCCGUUCGAUUCGUCGCAACAACCGAGCCCGCGCCCUUGGAAGCCGCGAGCUGUUCCUCAACCACCACAGACAAGACCAAAGACUGUAUGGCCUCGCGCCUCUAGUCUUUAAAUCUUUCUCCAAGUAAAAACUACCUUUUAUAAUUGCGACGUCGUUGCUGGUAGAAUCUAGCGCCUCUUUGCGCGAUCGUCAAGACAAUCCGUCGACGCAUUCACAGGAGCACGCGCACACCUAGUACGCCUCGACUCCCAACACAAUGGCGAACCAUCACCCUUCGCCAACCAUGGCCAUGCAGGGGCAGCAGCACGGCGGCCCCCCUGGACCCCCUCCGCCGCCGGGCAUGCAGCAAGGGCAGAACUAUGCACCUUCGCGACAAAUCCUCCUCAUGAACGAAGCUGUCUGGAUGCAGAUUGGCAGUUUUGCUGAGCUUCUUGGUAACCUCGAGGAGGCAAUGAAGGCCUACGAUCGCGCUCUCCAAGCAAACCCACAGUCGGUCGCGGCCAUGAAUGCCAUCAGUCUGAUCCUGCGAACGCGCGAAGAGUUUCACAAGGCAGUUGACUACCUGCAAGCAAUACUCAAAAUCGACAACACCAAUGGCGAGGCCUGGGGCAGCCUGGGUCACUGCUACCUUAUGAUGGACGACUUGCAGCAAGCCUACGCCGCAUAUCAGUCCGCCUUGGUCAACUUGAGGAGCCCCAGGGAGCCCAAGCUAUGGUAUGGCAUUGGUAUCCUUUACGACAGAUACGGCUCUCUCGAGCAUGCCGAAGAGGCCUUUUCUCAGGUUAUGCAAAUGCAGCCCGACUUCGAAAAGGCCAACGAAAUUUACUUCCGUCUCGGAAUAAUAUACAAGCAACAGCAGAAGUACGGCCAGAGUCUAGAGUGCUUCAAGUACAUCGUCAACUCCCCACCCCCUCCUCUCACCGAGGAGGACAUCUGGUUCCAAAUUGGCCACGUUCACGAGCAGCAGAAGGAUUACGAUAGUGCCAAGGCUGCGUACCAGAGAGUUCUGGAACGCGAUCCUAGUCACGCAAAGGUCCUGCAACAGCUGGGCUGGCUUCAUCAUCAGCAGAGCAGCAGCUUCCAGAGCCAAGAGCGAGCUAUCGAGUUCUUGGAGAAGUCCGUUGCCGCCGACCAAGGCGACGCGCAAAGCUGGUACCUUCUUGGUCGGUGCUACAUGUCUCAACAAAAGUAUCCCAAGGCAUACGAAGCCUACCAACAGGCCGUCUACCGCGAUGGAAGGAACCCGACUUUCUGGUGCUCUAUCGGAGUACUGUACUACCAGAUCAACCAAUAUCGCGAUGCCCUUGACGCGUACUCUCGUGCCAUCCGGCUCAACCCCUUCAUUUCCGAGGUCUGGUAUGACUUGGGCACAUUGUACGAAUCUUGCAACAACCAGAUUAGCGAUGCGCUUGACGCCUACCAGCGCGCUGCAGAGCUUGACCCUCAGAACCCCCACAUCAAGGCUCGUCUGCAGUUGCUGAGAAACGGUGGCGCCAAUGGAGGACAGCCUCCCAGCGCUCCCCAGCCUGCCGAUGUCCAUCCCCAGGCUUACCAGGUCGGCCCCCCGGCUCCCCAGUGGGGAAGCUCUGCUCCUCAGUCGCAGCAGCAAGGACAGCAGCCUCCUCCGCCUCCGGGACCCGGCGGCCCUGGAAGCAACGGCUGGGGUCGGCUUGCGGACAUCAACCCUCCUCCUCAGCCACCCAACCCGUAUGAGCAGCGUGGCGAGUUCCGUGGCCCAGCUCCCCCCAUGCCGCGACAGCCCAGCCCGAGACAGGAGCAGCAACAGCAGCAGCAACAGCAGCAGCAGCAGCAGCAACAACACGGUGGUCGCCCGCCGUAUCCCGAGCCGCUUCGUCGGAUGGCUAGCCCGCCAUCUCACUACGCAGGACCGCCGCAGCCGCCUCAGCAGCAGCAGCAGCCUCAGGGUCCUCCCACAUCUGCGCCGCGCACCAUCAACCCCAACUACACUCAGCCGUCUUCUGCUCAGAUGCCUCCUAUGAACGUUGGCCCCAAUGGCCCUCCUAGCCAGCCGCCUCACUUCCGCGGCACCAACAGUCCCCGGCCUGGCGAGAGGCCCAUGCAUGACAACCGCAUGCCCUCCCCCAAGUCGGCGUAUCCCCAACACCAGCCUCCUCCGCCACCGCCGUACAGCCAUCACCCUGACGGCCCCACCCCCGGACCCAUGGAGGCUAAUGCCCCGCCUCCACCUCCUCCGGGCUCGAUCACCGGAGACCCUGCAUCGCAGCGCAAUGAGCAUGACCGUCCUCCUUCUGUGGGCCCCAAGCGCAUGCGUGAGUGGGAAGAGGAGUCCUCUCACAAGCGACCGGCCAACGACGAGAACCGAGCCAGGCUCGACGACGUUCGCCCUCGCCGCCCGUCGACUCCUCCGGGACCCCGGGACCAGUACCGCCGUAACUCGUCAGAGGCACGCCGUUUUGAGGAUCAACGCCGUGCCGAAGACCAGCGGAGAGCGGAUGACCAGAGAAGGGCAGAGGACAUUCGGAGGGGCGAGGAGCAGCGCCAUGCAAACGACGGGUACCAUCCGUCAGAGGCCGCCCACCACCAACCCAACCACCCUAUGCCCACCAACCAUCUCCCGCCGAUGCAGUCUGCUGCUGCGCCGAUGCAGAACAUCCUCCACGACGGACCGCAGAACGGACCCGGGCCUGCUUCCGGGCCCGCUCCCGGCGUCAAGGAGUACCCCGCUGAGGAGCGCCCGCCUAUUGAGCACACCCCUGCUCCCCGGCCUCCGCAGCCCAGCGAGCCCGAACGUGCAGCGAGAAAGAUGGACGUUGAUGAGGACUACGACGAUAGCGGUGAGGAUGAGAAAAAGGGCGCCGUCGCCACUACUAAUGGGUCGGGCCCGGCUCCGGCGUCAGGGGAGACUAAGACGCCUACGAGCGCAAGCAUCAACGGCCUGAUGGGGCCAACUCCCAAGGUUGAGUCGACUUAAUGGAUCAACGACUUUGGCGUGGUUUGCUUUGUUUUAUUUGUCUUGAGGGAUCCUGUGUUCUCUUAUCGUGUAUACCAUUUCCUUCCUGUUCCUCGUUCUGUCUCCAGCAUCCCCUUUCAACGGGAUGCUGGUGUGUCUACCUGAGGCACUACGGUA